GCUUUACCUAUGACCCCUCGGCAAAAGAAGAAACCAGCUCGAUCCCCGGUUUACGCGAGGAGAAAAGUCGGCAUAGGAAGAAGCUUAGACAUGGCAACGACAGGAUCAGGGUCUCACACUGGAGUAGAGCAGAACCGCUGUGAUGGGUCUCCCGCCGAGGUUUGUCAGAUUGCCUGUGGCAGCAAAUCAAGCGAUGCUGAAAACCAGACAACAGCACAGAAAGUCAACUUAAAAAACGCUGGUGAGAAACCCUUCAUGUGUGGGGAAUGUGGGUAUCGGGCAGUUCAUUGGUCUAAGUUAUCCCGGCAUAUGAGAAUCCAUACUGGAGAAAAACCCUACAAGUGUGACCAGUGCGACUAUUCUGCUGCAGAAAAGGGUAGCUUGGCUACUCAUCAAGCAACACAUACCGGGGACAAACCCUACAUGUGUGGGGAGUGUGGGUACAGGACGGUAAGAAAAGCUCACCUAUCCAAACAUAUGAGAACCCACACAGGAGAAAAACCCUACAAGUGUGACCAGUGUGACUAUUCUACAGCACAGAAAGGCAAUUUGGUCACACAUAUUACAGCAAAACACAAUGGAGACAAACCCUACAUGUGUGGGGAGUGUGGGUACAGGGCUGCUAUAAGGUCUACUUUGUCCCAACAUAUGAGAACCCAUACUGGAGAAAAACCCUACAAGUGUGACCAGUGCGACUAUUCUGCAGCACAGAGAAGCAUUUUGAACAACCAUAUAGCAGCAAAACACAGUGGUGAGAAACCCUACAAGUGUGAUCAGUGUGACUAUUCUGCAGUACAAAAGGUCCAUAUGAUCAACCAUAUUGCAGCAAAACACACGGAUGAUAAACCCUACAUGUGUGGGGAGUGUGGGUUCAGAACAGUUAAAAAACCUAAGUUAUUGAUACACAUGAGAACCCAUACUGGAGAAAAACCCUACAAGUGUGACCAGUGUGACUAUUCUGCGGCACAGAAAAUCAAUUUAGACAACCAUAUAGCAGCAAAACACACUGGCGAAAAACCCCACAUUUGUGGGGAUUGUGGGUACAGAACAUAUCAUAAGCCUCACUUAGUCAAGCAUAUAAGAACCCAUACUGGAGAAAAACCCUACAAGUGUGACCAGUGUGACUAUUCUGCAGCACAGAAGCCCCACCUGGACCACCAUAUAGCAACAAAACACACUGGUGAGAAACCCUACAUGUGCGAGGUGUGCGGGUACAAGACAACUCAAAAGUCCACCUUAUCCCAACAUAUGAGAACCCACACUGGAGAAAACCCCACAAGUGUGACCAGUAUGACUUUUCUGCAGCAGUGAAAUCAAGUUUGAACAAACAUUUAGCAAAGCACACCGGCGAGAAACCCUAGAUGUGUGGGGAGUGCGGGUACAGGGCGGCCCGGAAGUCAUCCUUGUCUAGACACAUGAGAGCCCAUACAGGAGAAUGACCAAACAAGGAUAAUCCGUCAGACAGUUACUAAAUCGUCUGUUGAUAAAGUUCUUUUCCAGUACUUUACAAAGCACUACUCUGCGAUGUGUGACUGAAAUUUGAUCUGAGACAUUUGUAAAAACUGAUGACGAACCGGCUUUGUUGAGAGCCUGGAUACAGGAUAAGUGACAGUUUGACCCUUUGCGGCUCUUCCGGACAUUAAGGGUGCUUCCCUGCUGAUUAUUCAUAUUGCGAGUGUCUCACUGAGAGAAGCCAUGUAUACUUGAAAGGAGAUCCAGUAUGUAAAACGUAGCUGGAACAUCUUAAGCUUUUGAUGUUGAUGAGAGCCCACUGUUUAAGAAUUAUAGAAUGACUUCAGUUCAUAGAUGCUCAUAUGAUAAGUUGAUAGAUGUUUUCAAAUAGACAAGUGUUUGUACAAAGCAAGUUAAGGCAUAAAAUUGUUUUUGUUACUUUGUUGUAUAUCUAACAUUGGUUCUGAAAUUAUGUUUUGUCUACUAACUUCGAAUAUAUUCUGUUUUGGAAAUGUCUAAUCUGUAUUGAAUACAAGCAAAAGAAAAUAAGCGACCACACAGAAGCAACUUGGUUUCUGUGAAGUUAAUUUCCCUGCUGUUUGUCAACUAACCUGCAAGUUGAUCGAGUGUUAUAAUAUUGAAGGAAUGAAGUGCUACUCUCCAAGCAGAGGUUAUCCUCCGGCUGUUUUUUUUUUACGUUUUUUUAAUCGUUUU